CACCGCCCGUCUCAGCUCCUCCCGCCUCCCGCUUCACCUCCUCCCCCCUCAGCGUUUCCCGCCGGGCUCCCGGAGGAAUUACCGAGAGAGGAGCGGCUGGAGCCCUCGGCAGGCGCCGGAGCCCCGCUCCCGGCAGGAGAGGACGAGGUGGGAUUUGACUCCAGCGAGGGGACGGACAACAGCAGGGCAGUGGCUGCCUCAGAGCUGCGGGAGGAAUCUGCAGAAAGCUUUCUCCUGGCCAAUACACUCUACGAUUCCAUGCCGUGAUUUUACCAUUUUCUCGUCCUGACGACCCUUCUCAUCAUGACCUCUUUCGAGGAAGCCGAAACAGAAGAAACAGUGACGUGCCUCCACCUGACCUUUUACCACCCUGGCCAGGAUGAGAAGAUGAUGUUCCGCUGCCUGAACUUCUGCAAGCGUGAGCAGGUCAGGGCGGACGACGCGGCCAAGUUCGGCCGCGAUUCCAGCGUCUGCCGCUACAACCUGAUGGACACUCGCGUCUCGCGGAUCCAGUUCUCCCUGCAGUUCUACAGGAAGCUCCACACCUCGGAAUAUGGUUUUGAGAUAAAGAACUUGAGCAAGAAAACAAAACUGACUGUCAACCAAACUGAGCUGGGUUACUUAAACAAAAUCGACCUGCCUUGGAAGUGCAUCAUCUGUUUCGGGGACUACCAGAUCCUUGCAGAGAUUCAAGAGGGGGAGGCUGUGGAUUAUUUUGAGACUCACUUGCACCUGGCUGAAGCACCGAUCUUGCAGGAAAAGUGCCUGCCAUCCCUGCAGCCUAUACCCGAGAAUGGCACCUCUUCUUCCUUUGUUCUUUCCCAAGGCAAAAGCCCCACAGAGAUUGAUGAAAAUGACCUGUGCUAGCGGGGAUGGGGUUUUGUAGCCUGCACAGCUUCCAACGUAGAUGGGUCUCACCUCAGUCCAGUGUUCUUGGUGGUGCAGCUCACUGGCUGCUGCACAUCAGUCUUCUUUACUUGGUGUUUUCAGCACGGGCAUUCCAGAACACUGUUCCACAGAAAUGGAUUCCUGCCACUGCCUUCACUGCUGCCUAAGGGCUCUCUGAUGCCCAGAAAGGUGUGGGAGACAGGGGGGCACUCAAAUCCAUGGCAGCAGGUUCAAUCCCAGAACUGUGGCCAUGUGCCUUGAAGGGAUAUUUAACAGGCGUUAAUACAGAGCACGCACAGCAGGGUUUUGGUCCUGGACAAGGGGUGACAAAAAUGUCUUGUUGCAUAUUGUACUUUGUGCUUUGCUUUGGACACCAAAUCCCAAACAGUAUUUGCAAGCCUAGGUUGUAACUUCACGGAUUCUGCAACUUAGAAACACUUUGUCUUUUAUGUUUUUAUUAGCUUCAAAGUCAGGGCUUUUAUUUUUACUUAUUCAAUUAACAUAUAUAUUUUUUGCAAGUUAACUACUUUUGCUUGUGAUGUAGACAAAUGUAGCAUCAAUGAUCACGGUCUAUAAAAAUCCACGUUAAUUUUGUAAUAAA